UCCGCGUCGCCGCUUAGUCCCAAGUCCACAGAGGCUAACGUGCGCUGCUCGCGCCUUAUAAUGCGCCGCGAACGCGAGCUCCUCCUCAAAUCCCUAGCGCACUCCUCCAUCCACCUUCAAAUUUCCCCCAAUUUCUCUUCGAUCGAACCCCCUCUUCCCCAUCAAAUCACCAUUCUCGUUUCAGCUCCUUUGUGAUUUGAUUCUUUUUCCGAUUUUUUUUGAAUCUAAUUUCUAUUUCAACCAAUUAAAGCAAGGGGGAGUCGUUUAGAAUUUAUCUUUUUCAGUGGAAUUUUGGUGAAGGUUUGAUUUUGCGAUGGAGUCGGGGACCGCUUUGAGGUUGCAAUCGAGUCCAUGGAUUGGGUGCGAGAACCCGCGGAGGAAUCCGCUAGGGUUCUUAGUUUUGCCGCGGGGAUGUGGCGGGGAUAGGUUAAACACUCUUAAUAGUAGUAGAGAUUCGAGGUUGGGGAAGGGUUUGGAUCGGAAUCGGAAUCGGCAUUGGCAUGUUGAGUUGAAGAUUUCUUGCUGUUCUACAAAAUCCGGAACAUCAGCCAAAGUGUCAGAGAAGUUUCAUGCAGCUGUUGACGAGGCUCUUAUCUUAAAGAGGAAGUCGGAAGACGUUGCCUCACAUUUGAACAGUCGCUGUAUAUAUCUAGUUGGUAUGAUGGGGUCUGGUAAGACUACAGUGGGGAAGAUCCUCUCAGAAGUUUUAGGAUACUCCUUUUUUGACAGUGACAAGCUGGUAGAGCAAGCUGUGGGUGUUUCUUCUGUUGCCCAAAUAUUCAAGGAUUAUAGUGAGGCUUUCUUUAGAGACAACGAGAGUAAUGUACUUAAGGACUUGUCAUCAAUGCGUCGCUUGGUUGUUGCAACCGGAGGUGGUGCUGUCAUUCGACCUAUCAAUUGGAAAUAUAUGAGACAGGGAGUAACUGUCUGGCUAGAUGUUCCUUUAGAAGCUCUAGCGAGGCGGAUUGCUGCAGUUGGGACUGCUUCUCGGCCUCUUCUGCAUCAGGAACCUGGUGAUCCAUACACAAAGGCUUUGAUAAGGCUCAGCACUCUGUCUGAAGAGAGGAAAGAUGCCUAUGCUAACGCACAUGUCAGAAUUUGCCUCCGAAAUAUCGCCGCAAAAAAAAGCCAUGGUGAUGUAUCUUUGCUCACACCAACAGAUAUUGCAAUUGAGGUUCUUUCGAAGAUCCAGACACUUCUACUUGAGGAGGUGUCAACUGAAAAAUUUUUCGUGCCUUCCGAUUUGAACCACGGAGACAACCUUGAAGAAAUGUAUUGUUUGUAAACGAAUGCAAGGGUGUAUACCAUUCGCGGAAAUACGCGGCCUAUACGCCUUUUUGUUUCUCAUUAUUGAUUCAGAUUACAAUUAACAUUUUCUGCUUUUCUCGUCGUAUGGAUCGAUUGCGAGUUUGGGUAAUGAAGAGAAGACGUGGAAAACUCUUUCAUGUACGAAAGAAAAGAAAAUCUUCAAUUAGAGAGUCAUUUGUUGAAUAGUAAAUUAGAAAAGCGAUGUCCUCUAGAUCAUGGUGCAAUUAAACUGGUAAGUGAAAACAUCAAAUUAUAUUGCUGGA